CCCAGAAUGCAACAGUAAUAUUUCCAAAAUGGCUACCAUGUUUAAAAAACCUCGAAGAAAUUUCAGGAGGAAAAUUACGACAAGUGAUUCUGAGGACGAAAAUGAUGGUGAAAAGGAGGAAGGACAUGUGAAAGACACACUUAAUAACGGGAACAAUGAUGCGAAAGUCAAAGAAAGACAGAAGAAGCGAGAUGUUUCCAACCUUCUUAGUUUCGUUGAUUCAGAGGAAGGUGAUGCUGAAAUCUUCCAAGUCAAAAAAUCUAGUCAUAGCAAACGGAUAGCGAAACAACUAAAGAAAGAAAGUCUAAAAGAAAAAGAGGAAAGAAAGAAGACUGAAGAAGAACAACCAGCUGCACCAAAGACAGCGCCAGCCACUCCACCUGUUGAGGCACCUCCUGUAGUAAACACGGAAGAAAAGCUACGUCGACUCCGGGAAGAGCUGUGUACUCUUAAUGGAGAUGAUGCCCUUAUAAAUGAAGAGCCUGAAAGUGAUGAAGAAACUCCCAAAGAUCGCAAAAUGUUAAGGGCAGUUUUGAAAAAGGGUGAAAUCCCAGAUGCUACCAUGAUACAUAUGAUACGGAAGAAAAGGCAAAUGGCACGAGAGAUGGGUGAUUUCAUUCCGUUAGAUGAAGCAGGAGCUAAAGCCGAGAACUCCAACUCUCGCCUCGUCAGAGAUGAUGACCAUGAUAAAUCAGAUGAUGAUGAUGAUGAAGAAGGAAGAAUAGAUUUCUCUGUCAACAGAGAAGCAAGAGAACGCCAGAAGAUGAAAGAUGAGUUCUUAGCAGCAGAACAUGGUAGCGAUCAAGAAGGAAGUGAUCUAGAAAGCGGGUGGGAAGAGCAGCAGAUUAGAAAAGCUGUCAAUCUUCAACAGGUGAGCCGCGACGAUGACCAACCAACACAGUAUGCCAUGCCUCCUGCUGAGAAAGGGGAUGCUAACUAUAAAGCUGACCAGGCGUCCUAUAUUAACCAAGCUGUGAAAUCCAAUUUCCAACCCUUUUCCCUCACUUCCAAAGGCUCUAAUGAGUUAACUCUAGAACUGAUACAAAAGAAACUUAAAGAGCGCUUAGAUUCAAUAAUGGAAGUACAUCGCAGUCAUGUGAGCGAACAUGACACACUGUCGCUUCAUCUGGAAGACUCUAACAAAGAGAUUGAGGAAGCAGAGAAAAGUUCUAGCAUCCUAGAAGAACGGUUCAAAUUCUUUCAGGAAACAAGAGGGUAUGUCAGAGACUUGGUUGAGUGUCUCAAUGAGAAGGUGCCCUUAAUUCAUGAGUUGGAAGCCCGUAUGGCCUAUUUACUAAAACAGCGUGCCGAGAAAUUGACUUUACGUCGACAGCAGGAUGUCAGAGAUCAGUGUCAGGACUACACUGCAAGUAAAGUGAAAGUAGUUAUUGAUGCUGCUGAGGCUAUGCAGAGACGUGUUGCAGAGAGGGAGGCACGCAGGUCUCGUAGGCGAAGGGCUCGUGAAAGCAGAGACCUUUCUGGACAUCACGAAGGUUUGUCAUCCGAUGAUGAAGAAAAUCAAUCUGAUAUAACCAAAUUUAAUUCAGAAAAAAUGGAAAUCUUGCAGCUGACUGAGAAGUUAUUUGAUGAUGUUGAGGAAGACUUCUGUGAUGUAAACAACAUCAAGCGACUCUUUGAAGAAUGGAAAACUAAAAAUGCAGAGUCGUACCAGGAAGCUUAUAUUGGACUUUGCUUACCAAAAUUAUUUAAUCCUUUUGUGAGACUUGAGUUGAUAGAUUGGAAUCCACUCGAGGAAAAUGCUAAAGAUUUCGAAGAUUGUCGGUGGUAUGAGUGUUGUGCAAUGUAUAGCUAUCAAGAUGAAAACAUUUCACAAGAUGAAGAUAGCAUCAAGUUCAUACCAAGUAUUGUGGAGAAGGUAAUUCUACCUAAGCUAACAGUCAUAGCUGUUGAUGUUUGGGAUCCUCUGUCAACGUCACAGACGUCGCGAUUUGUCAACCUGGUACAGCGGUUGUGUCAAGAUUACCCCACUGUUCACGGAGAAAGCAAAAACACACAGGCAUUAUUGCAGGCACUGGUUGAGAGGAUGAAAAAGACGUUGGAUGAUGAUGUUUUCAUGCCACUCUACCUUAAAUCGAUCUUGGAAAAUCGGUCCAGUGGUCCAGCUGUAUUCUUCCACCGACAGUCUUGGAGUUGCAUUAAACUGUUAGGGAAUAUCCUGAGCUGGUAUCGAAUCCUGGCUACGAAAAUGUUGCACAGCCUGGCUUUGGAAGGGUUACUGAAUCGUUAUAUUCUCUUGGGUCUGCAGACUUCUCCACUCAAUGCAGAAGUCUUGCAGAAAUGCUCAGCGGUAAGGUGACUUAACUUCGAAUUGAACUAUAUUUUGGUGAACCUGACUUCCUGAAGACUGUUGUGCAUGAGAAUACUGAAGAUUUUUUUGUUUAGGUACAGGGCUAAUUUUAUGUACAGCAAGGAGACGUAGUUGAUUCUAGUGUAUGUCUCUCUAUAUGUAUGUAUGUAUGUAUAUAUAUAUAUAUGUGAGAAAUUAGGAUGAGAAAGGAAUAAACAAUUGUGAUGAACUUCAUUAGCUUACAGCUGUUUCUGCUACAAGGUGCAAUGCAGUCAUAGUCAAGUGCUUGAGUGUCACCCUCAGUAUAUUCACAUGACGCUUCGUACUGAGUCAUAUGCAUAUUGAAUUCUAGCAAGUUAUUAGCAUUGCGCUGCCUAAGCAAAAUAUUAAAAUAUAAGGCCUGGUUGGAGGCCCAACCUUCUGAGUUCUUUUACAGGGUUUAGAAAACCUGAAGGACUGCUGUAGUAAGUGUGUGAACCUGAGAUGGGAAUCAUCAUCGUUUAACGUCCGCUUUCCAUGCUAGCAUGGAUUGGACGAUUCGACUGAGGACUGGUGAAACCGGAUGGCAACACCAGGCUCCAAUCUAAUUUGGCAGUUUCUACAGCUGGAUGCCCUUCCUAACGCCAACCACUCAGAGAGUGUAGUGGGUGCU